CAGCCCCACCCCGUCCCGCCACUCCGGCUCUGCGCGCGACGUCCGCUCCCGGCCCGCACCCGCAUUCGCUCCCUGUUUGGUUACUGCGGGGGGCAGGUGGAGCAAGGGGAGGUGUGCACGGUGAAGGGGACGCGGAGCGGGCUCGGGUGCGCGGAAGGACAGGUCUCGUUGGCGCCACCGCCACCUGUUUGGGGACCCACGAGGCCGUCGCUCCUGCCCUCAGAACAAUGGGACUCGGCUCGCGAGGAAGCUUGGCCUUGUUCAUCGUGGGGGCGCUGCUGGUGCUAGCGCUACUGAAGGCCGCCGUGGACAGCGCAGACACGGAGGGAUCUUCAAAUGGAAAUCUUUCCACAGUUCUCAAAACCUCCACUAUUGAACCAGCAGGGAAUACUCCACAUGUGCCUUCCAGCCAUACAAAUGAAUCUUCCAACAGCACUGUGAAACAAUCUACAACUCCAUUUUCCUCAGUAACAGUUACCACCUCAAAACCCACAGCAAAACCAUCGACAACUCCAGUUUCCACAGUCUCAAAAAAUGUUCCAGUCGCCACCUUGAAACCCACAGCAACCUCUAAAAUGACAACACCAGGGGUCUCAACAAAUAUGACCUCCACCACCUCAAAGUCUAUACCCAAAAUAACAAACACAUCCCAGAUGUCAACAUCCAUGAUGACCACAGUCCACAACAGUUCGGUGACAUCUGUUUCUUCAUCAGUAACAAUCACAGCAACUGUAAAUUCUAAAGAAAAUAAAGGAUCAAAAUUUGAUAUUGGCAGCUUUGUUGGUGGUAUUGCAUUAACAAUGGGAAUUUUAUCUAUUCUCUACAUUGGCUGCAAAACAUACUAUUCAAGAAGAGGCAUUCGGUAUAGAACCAUUGAUGAACAUGAUGCCAUCAUUUAAGGAAAUCUCAGGACCAAUGGAAAGAAGAUUGAUGCAACCCUAUCAAUUAGUUUACGACAAUAUUCUCUUUUUGGAAAUAGUAUAAGCAGGCCAUGUGCAUAUAAUGUACAAUAUACCAUAUAAAUAUGUAAAGAUUCCUCAUGAUUACUAAAAAAGGGUUUGGUGUGGGUUUUUAAUGAACAUUUGGAACAUACAGUUAAUACAAUGGUUAUAUUCACUUUUGGAAAAUAUAUGGUAAGACAAGUCCUAUCCCAUUUUCUUGUGGUAUUGGUCACAAAUGGUGAGUAAUUGGAAGACAGCAUCACUAAAGGGCAUGAUGCCAUCUGGGCAUACAAAUGAGGAGCUUGUCAUGGCACUCAAGAUGUUGAUUGUCUUUGCUGCUCACACAACAGAAUUUCAGUGCUAUUCAGGGCUAUAUAUAUCCUAAUUAGUAAUGCCACACAGCAGAAAUUUUGAGUAAACCAGAUCAUAAGCAUAAUUUAAGUUUAAAUGUCUUCCAGAAGCAUCAAUAUCUUAUAUGUUUUAAAGCUUAGUACUUAGUUUAGAAACAAACUACACCCCCCUUCCCGCAAAAAAAAAAAAAAAAAAAAGAUCAAAUAAAAGCAGAAACAAUACUUGGGCUUAGCCCUGUUAAGAGAGCCACUGGAGAGCCUGUAUUUUUUAAUUUCUUUCGAGUGUUCAAUGGCAGUUGAUAAAUCUUUUUUCUAUCUGUAAUUUCAGCAAAUUUCAUUGUUUAACAUGUUUUAAAGACUUUGGUUUUUAGUAUUAAAUAAGUUAAUUUGCUACUGUGAGAAUAUCGACACCACUGGACAUUGCUUUAUUUUAUAUUCAGUGAUUAUAUAUUUAGUGAAUAUUUGAGAUGUAGAGCUGCUUUCAGUAUCUAGAAAUGUUUACUGCAAACACACCUAAUUUUUAAAAAGCCCCUUAUAUGAUUUCCAAAACAACAUUUGGAACUCUGUAGUCAGACCAGAUUUUAAUCCUCCAUUUAUCAGGCCAGGGAUUGUGCAGCUCCCCUCAGGCUGCUAAACCCUACAGGAUAAAAAUACUGCAUGUUCCCAUACUAACAGUUUUACUCAAAUUUGGGAAAACAUUUUAGAAUAAAUCUUAUGAAGUUUUAAAACAGGAAUUUUUAAGACAGGGCACUUCCUGCUUCCUUAUUUGGGCAUUCUUCAGACCACUCCACUUCCUUCCUUGCUGAUAAUGGGGUAUUUUCAUAUGUAUUAUGUUAAUAGAAAAAGCACAGUAUUGUAGGGACACCAAUAUUAGCCAACAUUUUGGUGUGUUUCAGUUUAUAUUCCAGCACUCAAAACUCAGGGUCAAAUUUUCGCAAAAGAUGUAUUUAGUCAGAUUAAAUACUAUUUCUAUCUUGGAUUGGUCAAAGUAAAUCACACCAAUUUCUAAUAGUCUAAGCAGCAGCUAAGAUGUUCAAGUGAACAUGCACCUACAUUUAAUAGGAAUUAAAUGCAACUUUUGUGAUCAGCUUUUGGUUUACAAACAAUUUCAAAUCAUAUCAAGAAUUUUGAUAUAAAAGGAUCAUUUCUACUUACUGCAUUAUGGCCAGUUGAUAAGAUGAAUAUGGACGUGACACAUGCAGUCUGGAAGAAAUAUUAUGAAACACGUUUACCUUAGUUCGAAAAGAGAUGUAGGCUGAUAAGUAAGUUGUAUGUUAUUAACUUAGCCCUAACUGGUCUUUCACUACUGCUUUCAUAACUUUGUAAAAAUUACUUAAGAUACAUUUUAUAGUAAUGGGGUUCUUUUAAAUUUAAGUUGUUUUGUCCCCUACAUUCUUGAUAUUUCAGUACUUUAGUCAAAACUUUGUAGACAGGCCUGACAUUUUCUUGAGUAUUUGCUUCUUUAGCACUUUGAAGAUAUAAUUUCACUUUUUAAUUACUAAAUGUCAUCAUAUGCCUUUAAAGUUUCCUGUGAUUUGGGUUUGAAAUUUAGUUCUUUUCUCUGUAUAUAGUUCUAUAAUUUGUUAGUUUCAGAUACCAGUAUGUCAAUACAAUCAGGUUUUUUUGGUUAUGUGUAAAAAUUGAAACAGUUAUGCAAACCAAUAUUUUGCUUUGGAGCACAUUUCCUAAGCAUAAAUUUAUCUUUCCUAAUUAUGUUUACUUAAGCAAAUGUUCAGUUUUGUUCACAUUCCUUGGGAAUGUAUUUACUUGAAGAUAAAAGCAAUCCAAAUGUAUAGCUAAAUAUUAGGCUGAAUCCACUCAAUGAUUUUAAAAUGUCCUUGGGUAAUCUAUAAAAGGAACAAUUCAAAUACAGAUAAAUGAGAGUUGGCAGAGUAUUACAAUGAUAAUUUUGUAUUUUUCAGGAAAAAAAAUUAAGCAAAUUUCUUAUUUCUGUUUAGUAUAUGACCAGCUUUUGGUAUUUGUUACUGAGAUAUAUUUUUAGAAUAAAAUUUUGUUCAAGA